CAAAUUGUCGUCUUUGAUUGUCCACAGCUGUACCCUACCCAUUAGGAAGCCUGACUUGUGCAAGCCUUUCUCGACCGCGACGGUCACCACCAUUCUUUGACGGCUUUCAGUGUCUCUCUUCGUCACAUACAUAAUCGAUUAGUUCGAGGCCCUCAAACUAACACUGGUACUCAACCAAUGACUUGUACACCGUGAAUGAGAGAAUAGAUGGGAAACACUCAAUCCGGGUCGACCUUGACACGCACUACUGGUGCCUUAGAUUCAUUCGUUGCGGAACUUGGAGGCGAAAUCUUGUAUGAGAAAAGUCUGGGUUCCGCGCGAUUCUUAAAGACUGUGAAAUGUCGGCACAGCAAUGGAUACCUGGUGGUCAAGAUAUUCAUCAAGCCAGAUCCUGGGCUGACUUUGCGCAAUUAUCACCGUCGUUUGAAGAUCGACCGCGAGGCAUUGACGGAUAUCGCCAAUGUAUAUAACUAUCAGUCGUUUAUUGAAACGGACAAAGCAGGUUACAUCAUUCGGCAGUGGAUUGCUAGUAACCUAUAUGAUCGUAUUAGUACCCGUCCUUUUCUGAGUCUGAUUGAGAAGAAAUGGAUAGCUUUCCAACUACUGACGGCGCUUCGCGAUGCUCGCAAUCGCAAGGUGUCUCAUGGUGAUAUCAAAUCUGAGAACAUCCUAGUCACGUCGUGGAACUGGAUAUAUCUUUCGGAUUUUGCGUCCUACAAACCAACAUAUCUUCCUCUCGACGAUCCGUCGGACUUUUCUUUCUUCUUUGACACUUCUGGGCGACGUACGUGCUACAUAGCACCGGAACGGUUCUACACGGCGGCGACGAACCCCGAAAUCAGCGCGAAGAAGUCGAAGAUUGCAAUGGAGGACAAUGAAGGCAAAAGAGACGGGAAGUUGACGGAGGCCAUGGACUGCUUUAGCGCCGGAUGUGUGAUUGCAGAGCUCUUUCUUGAGGGAGCACCACUUUUCACGCUCAGUCAAUUGUUCAAGUACCGGGAAGGGGAAUUCAAUGUUGACAGCUACUUGGCGAAUAUUGAAGACGAUGGCAUUCGGAACUUGAUCAAACAAAUGAUACAUCUGGAUCUCGCUGCGCGUCCGACAUUCGAUACGUUGCUUCACACUUCUCGAGGAUCGGUCUUCCCAGAAUCAUUUUUCAGUUUCCUACACAAUUAUGUGUCUUCUAUCAAUGAGCUCCCCAGCAUAUCUCCUUUCACCUCCGGUCUCUACGCAGGGCUAUCCUCCUCUACGCUAACCUCUGCCCCCUUACAGUCCGCUCGAGCGCCUUCCUCGACACUCGAAGGCCCACCCGGAGAUCCUUCUAAUGAGCCUCUUCCUAGUGAUUCAGACCACCGCAUGCAGCGGAUGUGGAAUGAUUAUGAAAGUGUAGAACCAUACUUGGUUCCUGAUAAUACCGAGGAUACAGUCAUGGAUGUCAAGAUUGAUUACAACUUACCAAUAAGCACAUCCAAACCAUUUCAGGAUAUUCUCCCCGUCGAGCUACAAAUUCCCAACCGCGAAUCCAAACUACGGAUAGCGGUAGAAGCGGGUUCGCGAGCUCCAGCAGAAGAUGGGCCUGCGCUGAUCAUCCUUGCACUCGUGACAUCUAACAUACGGAAUUGCGUACUUCCAAGCUCGAAAAUAAAGGCUCUCGAUGUCUUUUUGGCACUGUCGCCUCACUUGACGGACGAAGCGAAGCUAGAUCGAAUGAUUCCUUACAUCGUAGAUCUUUUCCAUGAUGAAGCCGCGAUUGUCCGGAUGGCUGCUUUACGUACGGCUAUUCAAGUGCUGAUGGUCGUUACCGUCAUCACUCCCUCCAACGCUGCCAUCUUCCCAGAAUAUAUUAUUCCCAAUGUCAAAUACCUGGUUCAAGACCCUGAGGUGUCGGUGAGAUGCUUAUAUGCGCAGUGUAUUGCCCAACUAGCCAAUACAGCUAUGCGAUAUCUGGAAAUGGGACAUGCUUUGAAGGCUCAUGGUACGUUCAAGCUGUCCAGCGAGGCGCAAGAGUAUGAGAAUGCGCAUUUUGAGGUCUCAUACGAUGCAAGUGUCCAGGAAUUGCAGCUGGGAAUUCAGGAACAUUUGUCUGCACUCUUAAUGGACCCCUCUAGUGUCGUUAAGCGUGCCGUACUGCACGAUAUCUCCUUUCUGUGUAUCUUCCUUGGACGGCAAAGGACGAAUGAUGUAUUGCUUAGCCAUAUGAUAACGUAUCUAAACGAUCGUGAUUGGCUGCUACGAUACGCCUUCUUCGAGAGUAUCGUGGAUGUUGCCGCAUGCGCGGGAGGCCGAAGCUUGGACGAAUAUAUCCUUCCUCUGAUGGUUCAGGCUCUUUCAGAUGUGGAGGAAACGGUGGUAACGAAGGUUCUUGCCGCCCUUACUAGUCUGUGCACGCUGGGGCUAUUCCAGAAGAUGCGUGUUUGGGAAUUGAUGAGCGCAACACUUGGUUUCCUUUACCACCCUAAUGUGUGGAUCCGUCAAGGAGCUGCUGCUUUUAUUGCUUCAGCGGCAAAGGUGCUUCCGUCAAGUGACGUCUGGUGUAUUGUGUACCCUUCCCUUCGGCACUUCCUCAAAUCCGAUAUUGCCACAAUUGACGAGCAGAGCCUCUUAGCCGCUAUGAAACCUCCGAUACCUCGACAAAUAUUUGAUGCCGCUGUACAAUGGGCCAUGCGCGCAGAGAAGAGCAGUUUUUGGCGAGGUGCCCGGCGCAGUAAGGUUGAAACACCAAGAGAAAGCGUGAUGUCUCUUCGAAAGACUGCGACGCCUAAAACCAAAUCAGACGAUGACGAAGUUCAAUUAUCCAAGCUGCAUCAGCUAGGUAUGACGCCAAGCGACGAGACUAAGCUCCUUGCUAUGCGCGACUACAUAACCAAGCUGGCGAACGCCAUCUCAAGCUUUGCAUCUCGUCUGAGUUCGGAACCCGAGACCGAUAAGAAUCUCAAGACCAUUGCUGACCUUGAGCUUCGAAAAUUGGACGUCCAACCUCAGACGGUCUUUCUCAAGUCGCGCGGUACUGACGCUUCACCCGGACCAUUGCGAUCCAUUUCAUCGAAGAAGUCGACACCUGUGACGAGUCCAAUGCCAAAUCUGCAUCGGGUACCUAGCGGUGAUUUCAAUAUCAGCCAGGGCGCGCCGUUCGAAGACCUUCGUCGCAGGCUUGCGACAAUUAAUGGCUCUGCUUCUUCUCUCAGUGUUGCUCAAUCUCCUCGAGAACCUCGCAAUACUCUGUCGCCUGUGAUAAUACCUUCCAGCUCUUCCUCUUCCGUUUCAGGACCUCUAUCUCCUACAAUUGCAGAACGAUCUGUCAGUCCCUCUGAGUCUGUACUAUCUGCCGCAAAUUCCACAACCAUCCGACCGUCGAGUCGCUUACAUAUUGGUAGCAUGGAUGGCCAAAAGGCUGCUCCAGCUGUAGGAUCUUUCAAGACGAAUGUGGCCGGCGUGCUAGAUACCCAUGCGAAAAUGCGAUCUGAGGGUUCUCCUGAGCCAUCAGGAAGAUCUACGCCUCUAUCCAUGACCGCAACUAUACGCAAUCCCAGUCGGUCGCAUGCCCCCUCCGUUUUGCCUAUCUCUUCCUAUGACGGCCAAGAGCCUGGCAUCAACCAACUCCUGGAGAAUCUCUAUCUGGAUAACAAUCGAGAACUGGAGAAUGAUUUUGGGCCACGCGUGCAUGAGGGUCCAGUCCGACGACGAAAUCCCAUUAGACAGAGUUUCACGUCUCGGGAUGGCACGCGAAGGAUGGAAUCAACCUUGAUUGCCCAUCUAACAUCACACUCCGAAGCCGUCACUGGUUUGGCGGUGUCUCCUGAUCAUCUGUUCUUCGUAUCUUCUUCGGAUGAUAAGACACUCAAGGUUUGGGAUACCGCGAGAUUGGAACGCAAUGUUACAAGUAAACCCCGACAUACGUACGGUCAGCACCACGCCAGAGUGAAAUGUGUCUGUAUGCUGGAAGGGAUUCACUGCUUUGCCAGUGCGGCUGAUGAUGGCAGCCUACAUGUCGUUCGGGUUCAUAUAUCUCAGAGUGGAGCGCUGCCGAAGUACAGUAAGCUUCAGGUGAUCCGUGAACAUAGGCUCGGCAAUGUGGGCGAAUACAUCACCUGUAUGGCUCAUUAUAACACAGACUUAGCUUCCAAUCUUGUCUAUGCGACGACACAUUCUGUCAUUACAAUUUUGGACUUGCGGACGAUGUGCGAACUACAGAUAAUGCAGAACCCUCGUCACUAUGGGCCUAUAACAUGCAUGUGUAUUGAUCGGAAGCGGACCUGGAUAAUAGUGGGCACUUCCACCGGCGUCCUGACCUUAUGGGAUAGACGAUUCGGGUUGCUAUUGAAGAGCUGGCAUGUUGGCGUGGCAUCUACAGGCAGAUCAAUCCGGAUACACCAAUGUGUCGUCCAUCCGUCAAAGGGCAAGGGGAAAUAUGUCAUGGUGGCAGUCGAGGCAUCCAAGUGGGGGUCCGACAAGAGUUCUACCAACCUGGUAGAAGUGUGGGAUAUAGAAAGGUCCGUUCUGGUGGAGACAUUUGUAACGUGCACGUCUUCGUCGGCAUCAGAACCGCUCGCAGAUCCUCACGAGCUUGCUGGGGUAGACGCUGAUACGACCUCUUCUGCGGCUAUUGCGGCACUAGUCAGGAAUGGGAGUGACGAUAGACGUAACUCUGCUCAACUAUCUACAUCCCCCGCUCCCGAUGUUCGCGCUAUGGUCGUAGGAUUUGAGUUCGGUGGUACUCACCGAACAGAGAUGUACGACAUUGCGACGGAUGUCCAUUCUACACGAUCUGCCGGACGCGGGUUUGUAAUUUCUGGGUCGGAAGACCGCAAGAUACGAUUAUGGGAUUUGGGACGACCUGAGAGGUCCACUGUUCUUAGCGGUCUGGAAUCAGAACAUGAUAGACCUUCGUAUAGUGCCAUGAGCAGUGGAACUGCUUCUACUUACAUCGAGACGUGGCCACCGUCUGCUGCAUCGAGUGGGCAGGGAAACCGCGCACCUCAGCGGAUGGCUUUGAUCACUUAUAAUCAGCAGAAUCUUCUGAAGUCUCAUCAAGAUGUUGUUACCGCAUUGGCACGCAUAGAUUCGCCAUUCCGCGGUGGCAUUGUGAGUGGAGAUCGUGCAGGUAUCAUCAAGGUCUGGAGAGUUGAGCCAGGAGAACCGUAGCGUUAUACGCUGUGUCAGUAGAUUUUUGGCACUUUCGGUAGAUGCAUCUGUUCGCUUUAUAUGUAUGUUGUAUAUAUCCUUGUAUUCAUUGCGCAACUCCUUAGAUGGAGACGAUUCAGG